AUUAUUAUUAUUAUUAUUAUUAUUAUUGCGUCUUUUCCUCUUGGUUCCCGUUUUUCCCCCCCUGUUUAAUCCCUAUACUCCGUGUAUCACUCAUUUUUAAUCCAUUUUUAUCCAUCAGCCCCGUUAGCUGGAAAGCAGGGAUCGUUUAUACCCGACGGAGUAGCCGAAUGAAUGAUCUCCUCCACGGUGAAAUAAACCCUCAUGCUGGUUGUAAAUUAUCCACUUAUAACCCCCUCCAGAGAGCAGGAGGAAGAGAUACAGAGGCAAAUACCAAAAAGACAGAGUUCUAGCCUUUAUUAAAUAUCACCGUUUCCAGCUUACAUAUACAUAAGGGAUAUAGAAGUCAAGUGGAAGCCUUUACAACAGCCUAUCUGUACUCUUAUUAUCAUCUCAGUCCACAGGAUAUACAGUUUACAGUCUGUGGAUUACUUUUCAUACUUAAAAUCAAUUUAUCUGGCUCAAAGUAACAACUUUAAAGUUCCUACAAGAACAUUUGUGCAGGGUAAAAAAAAAAGAUCAAUACCUGUCAAAAUGGGCCAAAACUUUACCUCAGUAGCCUGUGGCAUAUUUUCUUAAUUUACCAAUGUAUAAAAAAUAAUUUAAUGCACUGUAUAAACACAUACUGACCCCCUUUUAGUGCACUGACUGACUCCAAAAGUGAGAUGUAAUCAUUAUCUUCCUUAAGGGAAACUUGUGGUGCAUCUGUGGCUCCUAAUACUAAACCCUUAUGUUCUGUAUGGUCUCCCACUGUAUCAUCAUAAUAAUCCCAUAAUAGUCCGAUAGGGGUUUAUUUAUGCUCUACUGCAGAUAUCGAAGAGCUUUCAUUCAAAAGAAAUUAACUUUAGAACUACCCAGGGCCACUGUAGCUGCUGUUUGAAGUCUCAUGUGUUAGUUUGAGGUUUAGUGUAAAAUCCCAGUCAUAAUUGUGAGUUGAUCUGGCAGUCAUUGAAAAGCUGAAAAGUGAUGCUGAUGCAUAUUUUGGUUGGGAAUUCUACUAAAUUGUGACUCCUCUGUUGAAUCUUAUUCAGUUAUACACUCCUGUCUGUGUGGGGUUUGUUUGUGGGGUUUAAAGUUUAGCUGAGCCAGCAGCUUCCAUUGAAAGUCUAUGGAUGGUACUUUCACUGUAUAGCCAUAUCCUCAACAGCAUUCCUCCUCCUCCUCCUCCUCCCCCUCAGCCUCCUCUACACUUGAAAUUGAGCCAUGCAGAAUUGAUUUUUUUCUCCUCACCACAAAACCAAAAUGCACACGACUAUCUCAUCAUUUCUGGUUUGUCAGUUUUGUUGCCUGAGAUGUAAGACGCACCGUGGUGUUGAUUUUCUUUCUCGAGUCAAAACUGAAGGACAUUCAUAAUCGUCCAGUAGCGCGGAGGUCAGAGUUCACUUUGACCAAAAUAAAACUCCUGACAUUUCAGCAGCAGAAGCUGGAAGUUUGACUGACUGAGAACUGGAACCCACUUCGAUAAAGCCACAUGAAUGAAUCUUUUUCAGAAAACAAUCGUCUGAAAACAAACAGGAAUCUGACCUGAGUGUAGAUGAAUGACUUUCUGAAGCAGAAUCUCUUGUUGCUCUGAACGCCAAGGACAUUUUUUUUCAUUUCAGUGACAUUUUUAACUAAAUGGGACUUAACGACAGUAGCCCCGGUGCCAUGCGCAAUGGUCGUGGCCUCUCAGACCAGUGGGCGGAGUCAGUUGUGGUCCGGCCUCGAACCACUGAACGGCACAUCACAGUCCACAAAAGACUGGUCCUGGGCUUUGCCCUGUCAAUCCUCACCCUCAUCAUUGUCACAGCGGUGGCUGUUGUCCUUAGUGUCCGCUUUGAGGAAUGUGGCGGACGUGACCGGGAUGGGAUGACGGGGGAGCUGGGCUCACGAGGUUCCAGUGGAUCAGGGAAGAUGAAUGGAAGCAGAGGAGAGAGGAUGGGGGAGAGGGGGGAUGAGGAGGCCGCUCAGCCGUGGAGAAACUCCCGGUUGCCAGGUUCCCUGAGGCCACGACACUACGACCUACGGCUCGCUGUCUACAUGGACAAUUUCACCUUCUCUGGGGAUGUCAGCAUCGAGCUGGAGUGUGUCAACGCCACACGGUUCAUUGUGCUCCACUCAGACCGUCUUGAGGUGGAUCGGGUGUCCGUCACGGCAGAAGGCAGCGGCAGCGGACGGCUCGUGAACAGGCCAGGGGGCGGAGCCAUGCGCAUCCAUCGCCAUUUCCCCUUCCCGGCCAAUCAGAUGUAUGUGGUGGUGUUGCACCGCGAGCUGAAACCAAUGAGGCUUUACAGACUGAACAUCACCUUUGACGCUGCCAUCGAGGACGAGCUUUUGGGCUUCUUCAGGAGCUCGUACACUCUGCAGAGAGAGAAGCGCUACCUGGCAGUGACUCAGUUCAGUCCAAUCCAUGCCCGGAAAGCCUUCCCCUGCUUCGACGAGCCCAUCUACAAAGCCACAUUCUCCCUCACCCUCCGCCACGACCCGCAGUACACCUCACUGUCCAACAUGCCUGUGGAGAGCAGUACGCUGGCUGACGAGGACGGCUGGGUGACCAACCACUUCGCCCGCACGCCACGCAUGUCCACGUAUUACUUGGCGUGGGCCGUCUGCAACUUCACCUACAAAGAGACGCAGACGGACAGCGGCGUGACGAUCCGUCUGUACGCUCGGCCUGAUGCCAUUUCCAGUGGAGCUGGGGACUACGCUCUCCACAUCACCAAGAGGCUCCUGGGAUUUUACCAGGACUACUUUAAAGUCCAGUACUCCCUGCCCAAACUAGAUUUGUUGGCAGUGCCCAAACAUCCCUACGCCGCCAUGGAGAACUGGGGACUGAGUGUCUUUGUGGAGCAGAAGAUCCUACUGGAUGCUGAGGUGUCUUCAUCAUCCUACCAGAUGGAGCUGACGAUGGUGGUCGUCCAUGAGAUCUGUCACCAGUGGUUUGGGGAUCUAGUGACUCCGGUCUGGUGGGAGGACGUGUGGUUGAAAGAAGGAUUCGCUCAUUUCUUUGAGUACGUUGGGACAGACUUCCUCUUCCCCAAAUGGAACAUGGAGAAGCAGCGUUUUCUGACAGAUGUCCUCCAUGAGGUGAUGCUUCUGGACGGCCUAAGCUCCUCCCACCCCAUCUCACAAGAGGUGCAGCAGGCAACUGACAUUGACCGGGUUUUUGAUUGGAUCGCCUAUAAAAAAGGGGCCGCGCUGAUCCGGAUGCUGGCCAAUGUGAUGGGACAGCCGCUGUUCCAGAAAGGGCUCAAUGAUUAUUUGCUGAGUCACAUGUACAGCAAUGCAGCCAGAGACGACCUGUGGAACAAACUGUCUCAGGCAAUGCGUUCAGAGGGGCGGGACAUCAACAUUGGAGAGAUGAUGGACAGGUGGACUCUACAAAUGGGCUACCCCAUUAUCACCAUCAGCAAGAACCAAUCAGAGCAGGUCCCAACUCAUUACAUCACUGUGACCCAAGAGCACUUCCUGUAUGGAGAGGAAGUCAGAAACAACAACAGUUUACAGUGGCAGGUGCCAUUGACGGUCGCCCUGGGAAAUGCAUCCACAGUUUGUUCAGAGAGUCUCAUCUGGGUCAACAACAAAACAGAAACCCACAGGAUUGGUGAGAUGGAUGAUAACACCUGGUUGCUUGGCAACAUCAACCAGACAGGUUACUUCCGCGUGAACUAUGACCUCCAGAACUGGAAGCUGCUCAUUCAGCAGCUCCACAACAAUCCCCAGAUCAUCUCCGUUGGGAACAGGGCAGGCCUUAUUGAUGACGCCUUCAACCUGGCCAGGGCAGGGUACCUCCCACAGGGUGUUUCCUUGCAGCUGAUUGGCUACUUGCCUGAGGAGACGUCCUUCCUUCCAUGGCACGCUGCCAGCCGAGCACUCUACCAGCUGGACAAACUGCUGGACCGCACAGACGAAUACAGCCUGUUCAGUGACUAUGUGCUAAAGCAGGUUGCAUCGCGGUAUCAUCAGAUUGGUUGGCCGACCAAUGGACCCAGCAAUGAGGGCAGCAACGUCCUGCAGGCGUCAUACCAGACUGAAGAGUUGCAGAGGGAGCUGAUCAUGUUAGCAUGCAGCUUCGGGAACAAGCAGUGUCACCGCCAGGCCGUCGUCUACAUCUCUGAUUGGAUCUCCAGCAACAAGAACAGGAUUCCUCCAAACAUCAGAGACAUCGUUUACUGCACUGGGGUCAGUCUGAUGGAUGAGGAUGUGUGGGAGUUUAUCUGGAUGAAGUUUCACUCAUCAACUGCAGUGUCAGAGAAAAAGAUCCUGCUGGAGGCUCUGACUUGCUCAGACAACACCUUCCUCCUGAACAGGUUGCUGAACCUGUCUCUGACCUCUGAUCUGGUCCCAGAACAGGAUGUGAUUGAUGUUAUCAUCCACGUGGGUAGAAACCCUCAGGGCCGAAACCUGGCCUGGAAAUACUUCAGAGAUAAGUGGGAUGUCCUCAACGCACGUUAUGGUGAAGCUUUGUUCAUGAAUUCAAAGCUCAUCGGUGGAGUCACAGAGUUUCUCAACACAGAGAAAGAACUCAGUGAGUUAAAGGAGUUCAUCCAGUCCAGUGGAGUGGGGGCGGGGCCUGCGUUGCCACGGGCGCUGGAGAUUGUUGAGGGCAACGUACGCUGGCAUCGUCUGCACCGGCGGCAGUUUUAUCAAUGGCUACGCAAACCUCCUGCACUUGGCUAACACUAUAGCAGAAAAACAGGGGAAAUUACUGCUAAGUGAAUGCCAGGCUAAGGUUAACUAGCUUACAAAUGCAGCCAUAUAGAUGGAAAACCCUGACUGAAGGAAAAGGAAAGUAGUCUUGAGUGGAUGGAAACUCUAUUUUUUGCAGAUUUUUUUCUUCAUAUGGAAUAUUUGUUAAAUGGACUGAACAGUUAAAACUAGUUUCUGUGCUCUGAAAAUCAAUGUUUGGUGACUGAAAUUGCAAGGCUUUAGCCAAUCAUAAAGGAUGUGUAACAAAAAUAACUAUACAACUAAAUAAUUCGACCUAACUUUACAAGAGUGUUGAAUCAAAUAUUCUUGCAAAAAGUGUUUGUUUCCAUAUAGUUUAGUGACAUGUUCAAAUCCACAUUGACAGAUUAUCAAUCAGUGAUACAAACAUUAUGGACAAAUUAAAAUGAUGUAGUUGGUGCUGUGAUGGAGUUAGAUGAAUUAGAAAACAAAAGCCUCUAAAAAGCAUUUAAUCAAAGUGCCCUUGAGCUGCCCAAACACCAUAUUGUACCGUGUAAUCAAAGUUUAGUUCUAUUUUCAUCUGUUUUCUCAAGUCUUUUUAGUUCUGAUCCAAAUUUAUCCAAAUUUUGCUCCAAAUUUGCUCCAUUGGGCCAUUCUACAUUAAACCAGAUAACAGCUGUGUGUUGAUCAUUGAACAAAGCUGUAAUUACAUGUGCUGUGUGUCCUCUGAUCACAGCGGAGGAUUCAUUUAGACUCAUUAACACUCAACUACAUGCAAACGGUUCUGUUUGUUUCUGCAUCAAAAAAAAAGAAAAAAAAAAAAACCCCAGUCUCUUUUAGUUAUUAGCUGGUGUCACAAGGAUUCAGUGAAUACAAAAGCUUAUAGCGUCUUCACAUUUUAUCUCUAUGAAGAAAGAUUUCAAUUUUAGAACAGUCUUGUGUUUUAACAAGAAGAACUGGAAAAUCUUGAGAUGAAAUUAAAAAGUAAACUUUAGUUGAAAGUGUAAUACAGAUGACCAUUUUUUUUUUAUCAUCUUAUCUCAGCCAUGGAUUUGACACAUCUCCCCUGUAUCCAAACCAUGUGGCAUCAAAAUUGUAGAAUAUUUUCCAGUGCAAAGGUGCAAGAAAAAGACCCAUAUACCUCAAACUUAAACAACUCAGCUCUGUUAGAAUUCACCUCCUGCUUGCAUUUAAUAUUUUUUCAAGGAGUUGUAAGUUAUACUCUUAUUGUUCCUUAUUUUUAAUAGAGUUCGUCACACACCUGUCAUCACCAGAGGCAAAGCUUUAAAUGUUACUGGUGCUACAUGUACACAGUAAGGACUCAACAAGAAACAUUUCUGAAAGUUCCACAAAUUAAAUACAAAAUGCAUUUACGGUAGGAACAUUUAACUCGUCUCAUGUUAAAAUGUUCCAACAAUCAGCAGGGUUGUUAUCAUAGUGACCGAACAAAACCUGUGACAUUGACAACUCGCAUCAUAAGAGUGACGAUAAAAUAUAUACAGAAUAACACGUGUAAGCUUAAUGGAAAAAUGACCUAGACUUAGUCACAAUGAUAAAAAAAAAAAAAAAAAAGCUGACUGGUUAGAUGCAAACAUGGCUAAUAAUAUUUUGUCCAAAUAGAAGUCGAUACCUGUGGCAUCACAAAGCACAAAACCAGAAAGUAAUUGAAUAAAUCACAAUAACCACAGGGGACUGACUAAGACAAGCCACGUUUGUUUGCCACUCAACCAUCCCUACAUGGACAAACACGCAGCAGAUGAACUGUAUGUCUCUUGAAACCAUCUGGAGUGUCAUUAUAUGCAGAUGAUGUUGCUUUUUAAGAUAACUGUUGAUAUAAGGUUUGACUGGAGCGGAUCAUCAGUGGACCCUUAUAGCUUCUCUUCUAUUUUUAUUUUUUUGGAGAAACUACUCUGUCACCACAGCACACGCUCUGGCAUCAUGGAGCUCAACAUUGUGAUAGAACGACGACGACAAGAGAACAAUGGAUCCAUAAGAUGAUAGACCUCGUGGGACUUUUCCCUUUACAGUUUGAUGGAUUCUUCUUCUUCUCUGAAUUCCGAUGUUGGACACAUAUUCUCCCAAAAAGGCUACAGAACAUCAAACAAUGGAUUCUGUGGCACGCCAUUAAUUUGCAGCCAUAUUGUGGUUAACUGUAGACCUUUACAGUGCAGUGGAUUCUGUGGCAGAUUUUCCGGAAGCAUGGAUUGUACAGCAUGAACACCAUGUGGAGUCUCACGUAAGGAUGGAUGGAGGUCUGCUUUCCCCUUUAGCAAUUAAAAUGUAAAUUACAGUGAAGAAUUGGGUUAUGUCUUUGGGAAAUAAGCAUCUGGACCAAAAAAAAAAAAAAAACCUCUAGAGAAUCGAUGUCAAAGGAUUUCACAUGGACAAAAUGAAUCUAAGUCAAUCUUUAAAAAGUCAGUGCUGUCAGUCAGGUUUGUUGAACGUCCGUCCUGUUGCGCAAAGACUUUUUGAAGUUAUUCUUCUUCUGUUAGACUGGCUUUGUUGUUAAUAAUUGAGCCAUAUAUGAAUUAAUGGGCUUGCCUGCUUCUAUACACUGUGUGUCCAGUGAUGUGUGCUUGAGUAUGCGUGUAUGUGUGUGUUUUGGAGUGUGUGUGUGUGUGAGAUGAAGAUGAGGCUGAAGAAGAUAACAGCAGUGGUGAGGGCGAUGCUGUGACAGUCAUUAUGAUUAAAAUGAUGAUGAUUGUAAUUAUUAUUAUGAUCAAGACUGAGGAUGAUGGCAAACGUAAUGACGGGGGUCGAGCUGGUAAUGAUAAUGACGAUGUGGAAAUGCUAAUUAGAAGUGUUAUGCUAUUAAUUCAGUGCAUUCUAAACCUUUAUUGUCCUUUCAGGGAAAUUUGGUUUACAAACAAACAAAAAAAAAGCACACAACAAACCUGCCCCAUGUAUAAUAAACACUGUAAAGUUCAAAUGAAUAUGAUGUUUAAGCUUAAAAUGUGGGAUUUGAAGAUGUCGACAAAGCUGUGAGUGAUAGCUGUAAUCGUAACGAUGACAGUGAUGAUGAUGAUGUGUGAUUCUGGGACCAAAAUGUAGAGGAAACUGGAAGUAUGAGGGGAGAGUUUAAUCCCACUUCCUGUCUGCACUGCUGUGGUUUCCUGUGUUUUCUGACCAGAUGAUAUUAAAGUGGUUAACCUUG